AUGCCAGCACAGCAAGGAAGUUGCUCAAAAGUGAACCAGAAAACAAAUCAGUACAUCAAGAAAAUAAUCAGAAAAAAAAUCUCUCCAGAGAGAAGCAUCAAUCUGUUCCACUGUCUGAAUGAACUGCAUGACAGUUCUCUAGUGGAAGAAAUUCAGCAAUCACUGAGGUCAAGAAGUCUCUCCUCAAACCAACUAUCACGUGCUCAUUGGUCAGCACUGAUCUUCAUCUUACUGUCAUCAGAAGAAGAUUUGGAUGUGUUUGACCUAAAGAAAUACUCUGCAUCAGAGGAAGCUCUUCAAAGGCUGCUGCCAGUGGUCAAAACCUCCAGCACAGCUCUGCUGAGCGGCUGUAAGCUGACAGAGAAAAGCUGUUCAUUUUUGGCAACAGUUUUUAACUCCCAGUCAUGUAAUUUGACUAAGCUAAACCUGAGUAACAACAACCUGCAAGAUCCAGGGGUGAUUUCACUCUGUGCUGGACUGCGGAGUCCAUACUGUCAAGUGAAAACUCUGAGGUUGGAACAAACCAGUCUCACAGAGGCAUGCUGCGAGGAUCUCUCAUCAGUCCUCAGCACCCAGUCCUCCAGUCUGAUAAACCUGUCCCUGAAUUAUAACAAGCUGGAGGAUUCUGGAGUGAAGCUGCUUUAUGUUGGCUUGGGCAGUCUACAGUGUAAACUCGAAGUUCUCAGUGUUUUUAUGGCUGAGCGGCGGAGAGGUGAGCGAGAGAGGCGGUGGAGCGACGCAGACGGAAACAGCCAGAACCGUCUGGGCGGAGAGAGAGGGAGGACUAUAUACAGCGGCGGAAGGAGCGCAGCGUCACAGAGGUGAGUGCUGCGGAGCUGCCAUCAGACAAGAGAGAAGCUCGUCACCCACUCAUCAACCAGCGGCUUGUUCUCAGGCCCUGCUGCAGAAUCCCUCAUCAUGACAAAAGAGGAGAACCUGGAGGUGCAGGAGAAGGAGAGGCACGACCGGGAGGAGCAGGAGGAGGGGAGGGUCCAGAGAGAGGAG